CUGGAGUGAAAGUUAAACCAACUUCCUCCCUCCUCAUCCUCCGCGCCGGCUGCAGACAGAAGCAGACAGCAGACCCCGUCCUGCCAUGGACCCCCCGGUAGACCCUGAGUGGGUGGAGAUGAGGGCCCCGCGGGGCCCCUCCGCAGUGCUGCUGAUGCUGCUGCUGGCUGCGGGCUGCGCGGGCGCCUUCAGACCCCUCAUCAUCGUUCACGGCAUCCUGGACGGACCCGAACAGUUCAGGAACCUGUCCGCGUUCAUCCAGAAGGUGCAUCCCGAUACCCAGGUGUCCAUCAUCAGUCUGUAUAACUGCAUGGAGAGCCUGAAGCCGCUGUGGGAGCAGAUCCAGGAGUUCAGGAAGGCCAUCGAGGACAUCAUGAAGGACUCCCCUGAAGGAGUGCAUCUUCUGUGCUUCUCACAAGGCGGUCUAAUUUGUCGUGCGGUUCUUUCUACGUCGCCCAAUCACAACGUGCACACCUUCAUCUCUCUGUCGUCACCACUGGCCGGGCAGUAUGGAGACACAGACUACCUGAACAGGUACCUUCCUGGCUGCAUGAAGAAGACGGUUUUUCUGUUCUGCUACAACAACUUGGGGCAGAAGUUGUCUAUCUGCAACUACUGGAACGACCCCCACCACAGAGACAUCUACCUGAAGAAUAACACCUUCCUGCCGCUGGUGAACGGAGAAAAACCUCACAAGCUCAUGAAAGAUUGGAGAGAAAACUUCCUGCGCAUUAAGAAGAUGGUGCUGAUUGGAGGACCAGAUGAUGGCGUCAUCACUCCCUGGCAAUCCAGCCACUUUGGUUUCUAUGACAACAGCGAGGACGUUGUGGACAUGAGGAACCAGCAGUUUUAUAAACUCGAUACGUUUGGUCUGAAGACGCUGGACGCCCGGGGCGACGUGGCGCUGUGUGUUCAGGCCGGGGUGAAGCACACACACUGGCACUCCAACUUCACUGUUUUCACCAACUGCAUUGAGGAGUGGCUGGUGUGAAGGAGUCGCCUCCGCCGCCAAACUCCUCCUGAUCUUUGAGGAUUCCAACAGUUUGUUUAAUGGCGGCGCCUCCAUCAACCUGAUUCUAGUUCAUCUUUUUCUGAUGAG